AUGUUAUUCCCAUCCAGCUCCUCCUGGGGAAUUGCCACGGUAACAGCGCUUUUUGCUGUGACCGCGUACGGAGUCCCGCUUCGCGAGUCGCCUAGCGAGACUGAAAGCCAACGAGGAGCGAUGAUCCAGCCUCGCGACCCAAGAAUUAUUCCUGAUACCGAGAACUAUAUCCACAGCGUCUUCGACAUGCUGGGCCUUCCGGCCCUAGAUAGCGUGCUAUCAGUGGCAUCAUCCAGUAGUUCAUCGGCCGCCUCAGAAACCCCUGCUUCUUCUAGUCAUGCGAUUGACGUGAAGGUUACACCUACGCCGACUCCAACCCCAACGCCGACUACCUUCGAGAAGAAGCCGACGCCUUCCCCGACCACCACUGCAGAUGAGGUUACAUUCUCAACGACAAUCAAGAAUGGGAAUGACAGGCCAGUUGAAAAUAUUCAGAUUGGACAGGGCUGGAAGGGCUCGAACCGUAUCCAAGCUUCGGAUGUGCCUUUUAUCAUGGGUGCUGUUGAGUCGGCGCUUGCGGAUAGAUUCAACGACAUGAUUGAUAGCUCCGAUGAGCUCGGAUUGAAGAAGUGA